AUGUCCGAUUUUCCUGCUCUGCAAAAUGUGGCCACCACCUCGCUUCGUGCCUACACGGACCGGAUGACUCGAUGGCUUCGACUACGCGUUCGCAUGAUUCCCCUGGUCGCUGGUGUCCUGGAGCCGCUCACGGAGGCGCUCACAUUAGGAUUGCUGUUUUCAUUGGCAUUGAACUAUUUGUUCGAGUUGCCCAUCAGCUACGUAUUACUCUCACAUCUCACCGCAUGGAUUAUUUUAGAUUACACACUGCUCCGAUCGAUUCAGGUAAGCAUUUGUGAUUUGUGCGAUUUGUCUUUACCUUUGUUCGCUUUUUCGCGGAUCUAA